CCCUUGGUAUCGACACUAUCGACAUUUGCGUCGACCCGCCUCCCACCGUACUGACAGCAGUUAGCAGGUAGCUGUUAGCCUUUGCUUCCACGACGCCGCUCAUCUUUCUAUCCCACAAAUAACACGCAACAUGGCGAGCGAGGAGAUGAUAUAUGAGAAGACUCACUUUAGACACGAGGCCAGGUGGAGUGGGCGCCUGGGGCCCGCGAAGGGGGGAGGACUGCAGCUGUGUGUGCUCUGUGUGCUCGACAUGUUGGAGCGCGAUGACUGCUCUUCAGCCAGGAAGUCGUAUGCCUUGUCGGCUAUCAGCGGGGUGCUGAAGUGUUCUCCUGGAGCCUUGAGAGAGUUGCUCCAACAGGACCACCAAGUCUCCAUGCAGUUUAUAACCGCUCUGUUGGGGAUGCUUCACACAACACUGGACUCAGCUACUUUGGAAAAGGUGGACCAAGUCCUGGUUCUACUGCUUUUAGAGCUUCAGAGCGAGCUGCCACUGCGCUUUGUGUUGGAUCAAAUCGACAAAAAGGUGAUUGACCAGCUCAAUGUGAAGGCCUUCUUGCCAACGUUCAACUUCUUAGGGAGUUUGGUGGAAGCCGUCCCCGGUGUGGCCCUUAGCCUGGUGACUCAGUAUGCUCCCUUGCUCGACCGCCUGUGCUCGGUCUUGUUGUAUCCGGAUGAAGGGCUGAAGGCUUCAAUCAUCUAUGUGUGGCUCAAGACGUUGGGGGCCGCUGGGGGUUCGCCGGCCCACGCCCUGCCCGUCCCCCUUCGGGACAGAGUGUGUGUCCUGUUGCUGCAGACCUUUGCCAAUGCCAGCUCCCCCCAGCUUGUCAACAAUUGUAUUGCUCUACUGUGGCUUCUAGUGCAGUGGGGAGAGGCAGUGUCAGUUCUUAUGAGUAACACCGGCGAUCAGUUCAUGACCAGCCAGACUCAGACCAUCCACAUCAGCAGCCAGGACCAAGAACAACAGACUUCUGACCAAUGCCACCUGCCACUCAUCCUGAAAAAGUUGCUGCUGAGUGGUGAAGAGGCACUGCAUGUGACCAGUGCAAAAUGCAUCGCAUCCAUUCUGGUGCAUUCCCCCAGUCACUACAGCGCUGCUUUUAUCAAAGCUGAUGUACCAGAGUUUCUAUUUGAUCGUCUGGCUAGUACAAGCAGUGAGCUGCUGCUUUGGUCCCUCUACAGCUGCUUGCUGUUGCUGAUUGAAGACCCGCUAUUUUUCUCCCAGUGUCACUCAGUCUAUGGUAUUGAGUCCCUGGUGCGCAGUCUGAAACAGGCACUGCAGCUGACCAACAUGGAUGUGCUGAAACAAGGAUUUUUGCUUCUUACUGAGAUAUUGGGGAGGCAGCCUCCAAAUGUGCGGUUGUUCCUCAGUGCUGAAGGAUUUCUGGCUGUGUCACAGACUGUGGUGGCCGGACUCUCCUCCCCCUGCCUGCGAGCCGCCACGCAGGUCGCCAGUGCUGCCUCCGCCCUCUUUAGACUUCACCACCAGUCCAGACCGGUCCAGUACAAGGAGCUACAAGAACUAGUGGGUGCCAUCACACACAGACUGAAUGAGCUUCCCGUGCCAUCCUCGGGUCAGCGUCAAAGUAUUGGUCGUCUGAAGAAGUCAGACCAGCGCAGCCUGGCCUCUCGGUCAGAAGGAUUUCUGCUGCAGUCCCUGCUGUGUUUCCAGACCGCUUGCAGAUUGGCUGAGGAGUGUGCGUCAGAUCCUGUUUUGAUGGAGAACACGUUCACAGCUCCAUCUGAGCAGAGCCGUGGUCAGGACUCGCUGGAGUCUCUGUGCCAAUGCCUGCUGCGCUGCUGUGACUCGGUCUGGGUGCCCAGCGUUGUUAGGAUGUGUGAAUGUGCACCAAAUCCUCAGAUAUUGCAGGCCUUCUACGCAGUCCUGUGCUCCCAGUUCACUCUCCUUCCAUCAUUCAUGCCAGUCUUUGCAACCAAGUUGGCAUCCUCUGGUUUCUACAGGCUGGCUUUGGAACACAAAGGGAUCCUCUGUGUGGGAAACAGAAACGCACAUUUGAAUGCAGCUUGCUGUGAUUUCCUACAGAAACUCAGUAUGUGUCUCUUCUCCCAGUCAAGCCCUCCCGCUAGUGCCCGCCAGCAGGAUGUAGAGGAGGUGGAGAAUCUCUUGCAGUACAACCUUCCCUCUCUGUGCUGUGGCAUCUCAGACUGGCCCUCUCUGCUGCGCGAGUCCCCCGGGCUCCUGCCAAGUGAUGAUGAAGGGCCAAGAGCCACUCAGUACUUACUGGUGAUAAUACUCCAUCUCGCCCUGCAGCAAGGAGACAGGCUUCUGCCAGACCAGACAGUGUUUUCCAGUGUGGUGUGGUUAUUGCGCUCCGUGCAGGAGGACGGCAACUGUACUGUCCCUACCUCUGUCCUGCGCGCCGCCUUUUACCUUCUGGCGGUGACACAGGACGAUGGCAUCACCCUGGAGGGGGUUCCUUUAAAGUGCAUCAGCAUGGCACUCUCCUCCUGCCAGAGCUUCUCAUCCCUCUACACUCACCAUCCUGCCCUCCUCAGCUUCAUUUGUAGCCAUCCGCUGCUUGAGAAGACCUUUGGAGGCCAGAUUUUGGAACUAUGGUUGACAGAGCAGGCACAGUACCCAGAUGCAGACCUAACCAAGACAGACACUCAUGUGAAAGACAAACUACAAGCAGGUGAUGGAGAGACAGACAAAGACAUUUUGGAGCUUCUGUCUGUGAUAAAGAAGUACCCAGCUAUCAUCCUGACCCUCCUGGACAUGGUUUGCACCAGGGAGUCUUCCCUUGCAGAGCGAGCACUGUCGGUUCUGACGCUUCUCUUGGAUGGCAACAAUGACUUUGAGGCGGACUUGUGUGCCAGUUUGAAAACGGCCCUACUACAGGUCUUGCAGAAAAUCAGUGUCCAGAGUAUGGACCGUGGACAUCAUGUUAAAGAAGUGAAUUCCCUCCCGCUGGUGCUGCGGCUGCUCAGUGUCACUCAUACCAGCGAGCCACUUUCACCCGGCGGCAGCAAGAUGGACGGCGUGCACUUCAAGCUGCUUUACCAUGUGAGUAACAUUUUAGGUCGGCUGAGUGCGUCCAACACCGAGAGUCUGCUGCCCGCCCUCAGCUACCUGCACUGCCUCCUGACCCUCUCACCUGUGUACUGCGCUGACAGAGCUGUCGCCAUGCUGCUCUCCAACUGUGGACUGAUGGAGCAGCUUCAGACAGUCCUGUCUUGCUCUUCCUCUUCCUCCCCCUUGCUGUGUGUCAGUCAUCUCCUCCUGUCCUCGCUCAUCACCCUGCAGCACGUGCACGCCUCACAGGUUCACAAAAGCCUCAGUUGGAGCCUGGACAAAAGUGUGCAGCGAAUCCUUAUUAAGAAAAGAAACACAGACAAUCUCUUGCUCGUCAGCUACUUGAGAUUGCUGGAGGCCUUCCUCAACGUUGACCUGACCUCGGCGCUGAUGUGUGUGACCACUGCUCCUGGCUUGGUGGGCCACACACCUCUGGAGGUUGAAGAUGGAGAAUUGUUUCCACUUGGCUCCAGAGGGGCUCAGUGCCUCGUCAUCGCGCUCAGUGGACUCAUUUUACAGAAGCACGAGCUGCUGCUACGAGCUUCAGUCAACUGCCUGACUUCCUUGCUUGGCUUCCUGCGUAGGAAGAGUCCCAAGACAGCUAAGUAUGUGGUUUGUCAGCCAUGGAGUGGAUUCCUGCUCUCCUGCCUGCACAGCUCAGGAGAAGGCUGCCUCCUGCACCCUGCCAUCCUCAGAGUGGUCACACUGCUCAUGCGGCACGGCAGCACGGUGGUGCGCUGGGAGCCUGACCUGCUCCGGGUGCUUGAUGCCGUAGAGAAGAAGGGGGUAAAGACCCUGAGCCCGGAAGCCUCACAUGCCCUCAGGCUGCUUCUCACACAGAUCCAGAGUGGUGUCUGUCAGCCUCCGCCCACCGAGGAACACAAGCAGAGAGUGAGGCGUGCCAUGGACUCACUGGACUCAGAGCCCGCCUGUGAGAGCCCCGUUGUGCCCGGCGACAUCCUGUAUCCCCCAACGUUACGCUACAUCGUAAACACACUCAUGCUGCAUCUGUCUCUCAUUCACUUUUGCUACUCUGCGCCUCUUGUUACUAUUUGCUGGUCAGACUCAGCCAUGCAUUGUGCUGCUAGACUCGGAUUAGAACUUGGACACACCUGAUAGCAAGUAAGGCAACAGUGGGUUGCUCAAACAUGAACAAUGCAAACUGCAACACUUUGUUUAUUCUUCCUUAAGUCUUCUCUUUAGACGUGUCGGGGCCAUGUCCAUCUGUCUGUCCCACUUCACCCUCAUCCUGGACUAACUCUGUGUCACACACAUGUGGACAACACUUGGACUUCACCCUCGUCCUGGACUAACUCUGUGUCACACACAUGUGGACAACACUUGGACUUCACCCUCAUCCUAGACUAACUCUGUCACGCACAUGUGGACAACACUUGGACUACACCAACUCUGUGACAACUAUAACUUCAGACUUGGACUUCACCCUCAUCCUAGACUAACUCCGUGUCACACACAUGUGGACAACUAUAACUUCAGACUUGGACUUCACCCUUAUCCUAGACUAACUCCAUGUCAUGCACAUACGGACAACACAUGGACUACACCAACUGUGUGACAACUAUAACUUCAGACUUGGACUUCACCCUUAUCCUAGACUAACUCCAUGUCAUGCACAUACGGACAACACAUGGACUACACCAACUGUGUGACAACUAUAACUUCAGACUUGGACUUCACCCUCAUCCUAGACUAACUCCGUGUCACGCACAUGUGGACAAUACUUGGACUACACCAACUCUGUGACAACUAUAACUUCAGACUUGGACUUCACCCUCAUCCUAGACUAACUCUGUGUCACGCACAUGUGGACAACUAUUACUUCAGACUUGGACUUCACCCUCAUCCUAGACUAACUCUGUGUCACGCACAUGUGGACAACACAUGGACUACACCAACUCUGUGACAACUAUUACUUCAGACUUGGACUUCACCCUCAUCCUAGACUAACUCCGUGUCACGCACAUGUGGACAAUACUUGGACUACACCAACUCUGUGUCAACUAUUACUUCAGACUUGGACUUCACCCUCAUCCUAGACUAACUCUGUGUCACGCACAUGUGGACAAGUAUUUGGCCGUCGAUCAUAUUACUUCAGACUUUAGUCUUUGGGUCAGGGGUGUCAAACUUGUUUUCAUUCGGAGGGCUGCUUGUAACCGCACUCAAUAAAUGAAGUUGUCAGUG